GGAGCCGCCGCCGUCUUGCAUCGCCGCCUCCGCGUUGGGCCAGCUUUGAACGAGACGAAUCGAUGGCUGCCGCCCCAGCCGUGUACCGGCGGGUGAUGAAGGCGGUGCAGAAGCACGUCGGCGGGGGCGCCGGUAAGAAGCACUUCCGCGAGUUCGUGGCCGCCGAGUUCCGCAGCCCCGUCGGCACGGAGGCCGAGGCCAGAGCGGGGCUGCGGCUGGCCGAGGACUACGCGUACCAUAUCACCAGCAUCCAGCACCAGAAGGAGCUGCUAUUCUCGUAUAAUAUAGCUGUGGACCGAUCUGAGGAAAUGAAGAAGACAUUGAACAAAUCUGCUGCCAGUGUAGGCCUUCAGCUUCCAGAUGUCUACCAGCCAUGAGAGCUUAUUUUCUACAAGUCUGCUACCCGUGGUACUGU